AGUAGAAAAACAUACCGACGAAUGCGUUUUUGAGCAAAAAACAUAACGGGGGACAAACGUUGAUCUAUUUCGAAUAGUUCAAGGAUAAAGACUGUAUAUCCAAAUUCAUCACCAAAGUUGAACUCUCGAAAUUCGAAUUAUAUCACGACCGACAAAGUAUAAAAUUUAAGAAUCUUGAUCUUAGUUUUUGGGAUGCUUGUACAAAAGAAGCGCCUAAAGGAAAUUGGAUCCACAAAAUUGGAAAAGCAUACAUAAAUUAACUGUCUUUUUUUCACUCUAUGCCUUCUCUUAAGCUAAGUUUCAAUUUUUCUAGUUUCCCAAGUUGCUGCUGUUGUUCCUACACUCGAAAAAUUCCUUCAUUUCAGAGUGAAGCUAACAUUAAAUCAACCAUGGAUCGGCUAACCAGUGCUGCACGUCUCAUGAUAGUCUCAGAUCUUGACCAGACAAUGGUCGAUCAUCAAGAUCCUGAGAACCUCUCUCUGCUUAGGUUUAAUGCUUUAUGGGAGGCCAAUUAUCGUGAAAACUCUUUGUUAGUGUUCUCAACUGGGAGAUCACCUACGCUUUACAAGGAGUUACGAAAAGAGAAGCCAAUGCUAACCCCAGAUAUUACCAUUAUGUCUGUGGGGACUGAAAUAACGUAUGGUAACUCUAUGCUGCCAGAUGAUGGUUGGGAAGCAUUUUUAAAUAACAAGUGGGAUCGGAAAAUAGUGACCGAGGAGACGAGAAAAUUUCCUGAACUCACCCUUCAGUCCGAAACAGAGCAACGACCUCACAAGGUCAGUUUCUAUGUUCUGAAAGACAAGGCUCCAGCUAUAAUGAGAACUCUUUCCAAGCGCUUGGAAGAACGUGGGUUGGAUGUCAAAAUAAUUUAUAGUGGAGGGAUGGCUUUAGACAUUUUGCCACAAGGUGCUGGUAAAGGACAAGCACUUGCAUAUUUGCUUAAGAAAUUAAAGAGUGAGGGCAAAUUACCAAACAACACGCUUGCCUGUGGUGACUCUGGAAAUGAUGCUGAGCUUUUCAGUAUCCCAGAUGUUUAUGGUGUGAUGGUAGCGAACGCAAUGGAGGAAUUAUUACAAUGGUGUGCGGCAAAUGCGAAAGAUAAUCCAAAAGUAAUUCAUGCAACAGCGAGAUGUGCGGCGGGUAUAAUACAAGCCAUUGGGCAUUUCAACCUGGGACCAAGUACCUCUCCUAGAGACAUUACAGAUAUGUCAGACACCAAGAUGGAUAAUUUUAAUCCUGCUUAUGAAGUCGUCAAAUUUUACUUGUUUUUCGAGAAAUGGAGGCGCGGAGAAAUUGAGAAUUCCGACCUUUACUUGUCGAACCUGAAAGCAGUUUGUAGACCAUCUGGUACUUUUGUGCACCCAUCUGGAGUUGAGAAAUCUUUUGAGGAAUGCGUAGAUACAUUGAGAAAGUGUCAUGGGGACAAAAAGGGUAAACAAUUUCGUAUUUGGGUUGAUCAAGUUUUACCUACACAGGUUGGUUCAGACUCAUGGUUAGUGAGUUUCAAGAAAUGGGAGCUUUGUGGCGAAGAGCGACAAUGUUGCAUAACUACCGUCUUAUUAAGUUCAAAGAAUUUGACCGUCGCAGACGGACUCACUUGGACACACAUGCAUCAGACUUGGCUGCAGGGAGCAGCAGCAAGCGACUCCACGACCUGGUUCUUUUAGGUUUCACUCUGAAAAGUCGGUGUUCCUUUUACCAGUCCAGCAAAUAAACACAAGAACAUUGUAGCUAUAAGCAUCGACGCCCCCUUCUCCUCCCCACACACCCUCUUACCCUGCUUGUUCGCGUCCUUCCUCGGUGAUGAAUGUAUUACAAUCUAAACCCAUGGCUAAUCAGUUAGGUAACAAGCAUUUUAUCCUUUUUGACAAUUGUAGCUGUCAAAUUUAUAGUUAGAGAACAUUAGUUGUAUGCCAAAUUUUCGAACUGUGAAUUCUAGCUUGAUUCAUCGGCAAUUUCGGGACAUGUGGUCUCGCGAGAAGGAAUUCGGGUUCCUCUGUGGAAUAUGCUGUGUGCCUUUGGUGUCACAUCAAAGAUUUAUUGUUAUGUCAAUUCCAUGGAGUGAAAAGUCUGAUUAACACUAAACCACAGAGAAGCAUAGCUGAGAAGUGUGAGUUAUAAUGAGUAAUACAUACACAUUGUAUUCUGUAGAUUGUACGAGAGUUGAGAUAUAAACACAUGAAAUAGUUAUUCAUAGUGAAAAUUACAUAUAGUCAUCUCUA